GGGGACAGGUACAGGUGCCCGUCUCCUGUGCGCAGGGCUACGCCGACGUCCCAGCCCGCCUCCUCCAGCGGGAGGGAAACAAAGACGGCGAGAGAGGCAGGGAGAGUUGCCUGUAAGUUUAGCGCCUUUCAGUCGUGACUCGCGGAGAUAAAUGAUAGUUUGGAGGUGCGCGCAGUUAAUCACCGCCACGGCUGCCGUACAGCGUGUGCAACCCGCAGAUCAUUAGGUUAAAUGGAGGACAUUCGUGUCCUUCCAGAAUCAAUGCAAUUAUUGUUGGCAACAAGGACAACAAUUGGAGUGGCAGCACUAAUUUUACUAACCUGCUAUUAAUUAUGGUGUCCCCCACGCCCCAGACGGCGUUUAUAACCCGCGGAAGCAAGCGGCGCUGGCUGCUUCUGUUUUAAAACGGGAAAAGUUGGAAGUGGAAUGCCUGGUCGUGUUGGAAAGUGUUAAUCAGUAGGAAAGAGUGUGAUCAGUGGAACUAUUCACUUGAGCGUCACUCUGGUACAGGGGGUUAGUGAAGUGGCUGUGGCGCCUGGGGACCGAAGGCUCCGCGCAGGUACCGCGCACUGAGACAUGUCUGCGUUAGCUCCCCGCAGCUCCCUGCCACGCCAGCCAGCGCAGACCGGAGGAGACAAGCCCUACCAUGGCACAGCCAUCGCUACCAGGUUUUAGCCGAAGCCUGGCGUGAUCGCAGCAUCUAGGGACCUGUGGUUACCAAUCAAUUGGUACGACAGAGCAGAGCCAGGCUGCCAUAGCGUGCAGAUCAGACGCCUCGCCUUGUUUCUAGAUAACUGGGAGCCUCUGUACCAUGUCCUAUCCUCAGUUUGGCUACCCUUACUCCUCAGCACCCCAGUUCCUGAUGAGCACCAACUCCCUGACGACCUGCUGUGAGACCAGCAGCCGGACGCUGGCUGAGACGGGGGCGGCCGCCUCCGCCCAGACCCCCGUGUACUGCCCGGUGUACGAGAGCCGCCUGCUCGCCACCGCCCGACACGAGCUCAACUCCGCCGCCGCCCUGGGGGUCUACGGCGGGCCCUACGCCGGGCCCCAGGGCUAUGGAAACUACGUGACCUACGGUACCGAGGCUCCCGCCUUCUACUCCUUGAACAGUUUGGAUGCGAAGGACGGGAGCGGCUCUGCGCAUGCGGGCAUCGCCCCCGCGGCUGCCUACUACCCCUACGAUCACACCCUCAGCCAGUACCAGUACGACAGGUACGGGACGAUGGACGGCGGGACGCGGAGAAAAAACGCCACCCGAGAGACGACCAGCACGCUGAAGGCCUGGCUGCAGGAGCACCGCAAGAACCCCUACCCCACCAAGGGCGAGAAGAUCAUGCUGGCCAUCAUCACCAAGAUGACCCUCACCCAGGUCUCCACCUGGUUCGCCAACGCCCGCAGGCGGCUCAAGAAGGAGAACAAGAUGACUUGGCCCCCGCGGAACAAGUGCUCGGACGAGAAGCGGCCCUAUGAGGAAGAGGAGGAGGAGGAGGAGGAGGGCUCGCAGGAAGAGGCGAUGAAGAGCGGGAAAGCCGAGGAACCCACGGGCAAGGAGGAGAAGGAGCUGGAGCUCAGCGACCUGGAGGACUUGGACGCCGCCGAGUCGGAGAGCUCGGAGUGCGAGCUGAGGCGGCCCUUCCCGCACCCGCUCCCGCAUCCGCACCCGCUCCCGCUGCCGGGAGCCAGCCACCCGCCGCGGGCCGCCGAGCUCCCCGCCAAGAUGCCGCCGCCGGCCGCCUCCGGGGAGGAGGAGGAGGAGGAGGAGGCGGCGGCGGCAGAGCGGGCGCGGAGCUGCCUGAAGACGGCGGCGGAGGAGUGCGGCCCCGACCCGCUGGGCGCUCGGCAGCGCGGCUGCGAGUCCAAGAUGUGCUUCCAGCAGGGGCAGCAGCUGCUGGAGGCGAAGCCCAGGAUUUGGUCCCUGGCGCACACUGCCACCUCCCUCAACCAGGCCGAGUACCCCUCCUGCAUGCUGAAAAGGCCGGGGGGCUCGGCCGCCGCCGCCGCUCCCGCCCCGGUCAGCGUCAUCGACAGGCACCAGGAUUCGCCGGUCACCAACCUCAGGAACUGGGUGGACGGGGUGUUUCACGACCCCCUGUUCAGGCACAGUACUUUAAACCAAGCCCUGAGCAACACAACAGUUUCCUGGGCUACCACCAAAGGAGCCAUUCUGGAAACGGGCGCCUUGGGACGCGCGGUGGGGAACGGCGCCAAUGUGCUCAAGGGGCAGCUCUCAAACCUGGCCCACCAUGACUCAAACAAAGAGUUUCUGGCGUUUCCCAAAUCAGGAAGCAAAAUGUUUUGUUCCUAACAGGCCUGCCGAGGGGCAAAGGACUUUCUAACGCUUGAAGAGUCAGCUACACUGAAAAGAGACUUGCGAGAGUUUAAAUUUAAAUAUAAAACUUUUUCUUCCUUUUUUUUUUUUUAAACAAACAACACAAACGAGGAUUUAAAGUUCAGUUUGCUCAGUUCGACGGAAAGACUUUGCUCAUUGCUGUUCUGAACAUUUUCUCCUGGCUGCGACUUUAAGGGAUCAAUGUCGUGAAAGUUAUUUAAUUCCAUGUCCAAAAAGCACGUACUAUAGUGUAGGCCUACUUAAAAAGUUUACAUCCGAAAGUUUACAAACGGGAAAAUUUAAUUCAGAUUUAAUUUAAGGCAUGCCGAAAUUAGUUAUAAAGACUUUUCGAGAGUUUUUCUUCCUGAUUUCCUUGUUAGCAUAUAAUUCACAAACAGCACUUCUACUAAGUUUACACCUACUGCACAAAUUUAUCUUGACAAAAAAAAAAAAAAAAGAAUAUGUUAAAAGGUAUGCUCACUCCAAUAAAUUGUCUGUUUCAGAGGUAA